AUGAAGGGGAUGCUGCCGCUGGAGACGCUCACCGCGGUGGUCGAUGCCCCGUCUGAGGUCACCACUUAUCUGCUUCUUCUGCUGCUGUCUUUGCUGCUCUUCACCACCUGGAGACAAAAACAUCACUCGCACAUACCAGGUCCUUCCUUCAUGGCAGGACUUGGCCCGAUUCUCUCCUACACGAGAUUCAUCUGGACUGGGAUUGGCACAGCAAGCAACUACUACAACAACAGAUAUGGCAGCAUUGUCCGGGUUUGGAUUAACGGAGAGGAGACCAUCAUUCUGAGCAGGUCCUCAGCAGUCUACCAUGUUUUGAAGAGCGCCCACUACACGUCCAGAUUCGGGAGCAAAAAAGGGCUCGAGUGUAUCGGCAUGCAGGGGAGGGGCAUCAUUUUUAACAGUGAUGUUCCUCUGUGGAGAAAAGUGAGGACAUAUUUUUCUAAAGCUCUGACGGGCCCCGGCCUCCAGAGGACUGUGGGAAUCUGUGUGAGCUCCACAGCCAAACACCUGGACAGCCUGCAGGACAUGACCGACCCCUCUGGACAUGUGGACGCCCUCGGUCUCCUGAGAGUCAUUGUGGUGGACAUCUCCAACAGGCUGUUCCUCAGGGUGCCAUUAAACGAGAAAGACCUGCUGAUGAAAAUCCACAGCUACUUCGAGACCUGGCAAGCAGUUCUCAUAAAGCCUGAUAUUUUCUUCAAGAUGGGAUGGCUGUACAACAAGCAUAAGAUGGCAGCUCAAGAGCUGCAAGAUGUGAUGGAGAGUCUGCUUGAAAUUAAAAGAAAGACCAUUAAUGAAACUGAGAAGCUGGAUGAUGAUCUAGACUUUGCGACAGAGCUCAUCUUUGCCCAAAACCACGGAGAGCUUUCAGCAGAUAACGUCCGGCAGUGCGUGUUGGAGAUGGUGAUCGCAGCCCCUGACACACUCUCCAUCAGCCUCUUCUUCAUGCUGAUGCUGCUGAAACAGAACCCGGACGUGGAGCUGCAGAUAGUGGAGGAGAUGAACACUGUCCUGAGUGAAAAAGCUGUAGAAAAGAUUGAUUAUCAACGUCUGAUAGUGCUGGAGAGCUUCAUCAACGAGUCUAUGAGGUUCCAUCCUGUGGUUGAUUUCACCAUGAGGAAAGCUCUGGAAGACGACAACAUCGAAGGCACCAAAAUCAGGAAAGGAACCAACAUCAUUCUCAACAUCGGUCUCAUGCAUAAAACUGAAUUCUUCCCAAAACCCACAGAGUUCAGCCUGAUGAACUUUGAAAAAACAGUGCCCAGUCGUUUCUUCCAGCCCUUCGGCUGCGGGCCUCGCUCCUGCGUGGGCAAACACAUCGCCAUGGUGAUGAUGAAGGCCAUCUUGGUCACCCUGUUGUCUCGUUACACCGUGUGUCCUCGCCAAGGCUGCACCCUUGACAGCAUCAGGCAGACCAACAACCUGUCCCAGCACCCUGUGGAGGACGAGCACAGCCUGGCCAUGCGCUUCAUCCCUCGAUCAACACAACCUCAGUGCAGUCAGCUCUGA